CAAAGAUGUUACCAUAGAAACUCAGGUUCAUUUGUACAGUACACUACGCACUUUCAUUCCAUUACACUCACAACACCCACAAAAGCAACAUCAAAAUUUUCAAGAUUCAUUUUUCAAAAUUUCAAGUAUAAAUCUUCAACAUGACAAGCAAACACGACAAACAAAAAUGCUGCGAAGAACAAUCGGAAAUAGUAAGGUUGAUUCGAGAUUUGUGUGCAACUAUGGAAAAUGAAGAGAACGAAAGCCGUGAGAGACAAGAUUUUGGAAAGUACAAGUCACAGCAACCUGCAUCCAAUCCUUCCGAUAAUUGUGUUCUACAGUGCACUCCUUGCAGACAACUCAAUUACAACACAGAAGAUUCUGGAAAUUCAUCACGGAAACAGCGGAGAAAUGCAUUGCCGAAUCUGUGCUCCACCAGGGGACAGGUGAACACCAACCACUUGUAUGUGAAUCGUUGGGUCAGGCCAGAUCCUAGCAAAGCGCCACUCAUCACUUACCCAGAAUAUCCGAAACAAUACAACAAAGAGGAAGACGAUUACUAUAAGGCACCUAGCACCAAAAAUGGACAGAUUGUGGGUGGAGUUGUUUAUGAUAACUGCUUUUGCUCGAAAAGAAACGGGUUGCAGGACGAUUGUCCCCUCACCAAGUGCAUUACAAAUCCUGGCUGCAAGGCUUUGCCUGAGCCUUGCUGUCCAAACUUGUAUGAGGAGCGUCUGCGCCAGGCAAAGCGGGCUUGUGAAGAUGGUCGAUAUGGAACGCUAACUACUAUGUAUUGCCCAGAAUAUUAGAAAAGUAAAUAAUAAUAAUUAUUUGUACCGUUGGUCGAUAAAAAUGUGGAUCGUCAAGUUCAUUAUUGUACUACUGUCGAAGAUAAUAUGAGAGGAACAAACAAGUAUUUCCUUCAGUUAUUGGCGCAUUUGAUGUCAAAGUAUAAGCAAUAAAACAAUGUCACCUGUACUCACAUAAAUAAAAUACUAUUCAUGAUUAUUCA